AUGUCGAAUCCGACGUUGAACGAAAGAAAAAAUGAAUGUUUGGGAAACAUUAGUUCUUAUUUCUUCUCAAACAUUCUUCGUCAUAUUAUAACAAAUGAAAAUACAAUAAUAACAAAUAGAAAGGUAGUUUAUAAGAAUAACAUCUCCCAAUUUAUAAUGAUUUUUUUACAGAACUCAUUCAUCGACUUCAUACUUGGAUUCACAAACAAAAAGCCAUCUACCAAUGAACUAAUUGCAACUAUCAGCCAAGGCAAUGAUGAAAAUCUGAAAAUUGCGCUGGACGUUCUAUUUAUGUUCGGAAAAAAAUAUGUAAGAAAAAUUUAUACAUUUUAAAAAGUACUAAAAAUUGAUUUUCAGGAAUCUCAAAUCAAAUCAAUCGGGUAUGAUCUUGUAGCAAAGAAACAAGAUCACGAUGUGUUCCAAGUUUAUUGUUCUUCAGAGAACUGGGAUCAAUUUGAAGAAAAAUUAUCGAGAUAUGUGCGAAGCAUGUUCAUCCGAAAGUGCGAUGUCAAAUUUUUGUCAUUAAUUUCAAAAAUUGGGUGCGCAAAAAAUGAAGAUAAGCAAUUCAAUGCAAUUUGCGAACUUUGUUUCGAUUCAGAAUGGGAUGCCUAUAUUUUGAUAAAAUUGUUCGGAUUAGAAAAAUAUCAACAAACUGAAUUCGAACUGAUUCGGACCAAUAUUUUGGGCUCCCUACAAAACGGUCGACCAAAAUUAGUUAAUUUAAUGUAAGUUGAGACUAAUUUUCAAAUUAAUUUGUUGAUCAUGAUUUAUUUAUUUCAGAAAAAUAAUUUCGUCGAAUGAUGUUGUUGGCCUAAUGAAUGAGUUUCCAAAAUAUUUGGAUGAAAUAAAUAUCAAAUUGAUUGACAAAAUCAACCCGUUGUUGAAUCAAAAUGAUGUUGGAACAAUGGAAAUCUGUUGUCAAUACAUAUGUGACGUUUGGUAUAUUCUGCUAAAAAUUUCAUUGACUCAAGAACCAGAAUUCGCCAAAACAUACAUCCAAAAACUUCCGGAUAAUAUAAGAUCAAAAAUGUUCGAAGAUUUGGAUUUGAUGGUUUUUGAAGUGAGAUAAUUUUCGGAUAUUAUUUAGUUUAUAUAUUAUUAUUUUAGACUGCUUUUCAUCUUCUGAAGUCAUUUGUCACCGUAUUUUCAUCUGAUGGUUCAAGUAAGAUUUUAUUGUACAACAAUCAUUUUUAUCUUUACUUUUUCAGAAGAAGAAUAUCCUGCAUUUGCCAGCAGUUUGAAUGAAGAUUUGAGGUCGCAUUGGAAACGACAAGCAAUACUUCGUAUUCUGUCAAGUUUUCGAAAUUCAAUGACUCAAUCUAAUAUUGGUGUUCUUUGUCCAUUGGUAUGAUUUUAAGUAAUUUUUUUCUGAAAUUGAAUUGUUUUUUCUUAGGUAAAUGACAAAAAUGUGUGCGCAAAAAUCAUCGAUGUUUUCAAGUUCCUUACUUGGAUCAUUGGAAAUUUGGAAAAUUAUGGAUGUGUCAAUUUGCUAAGUUUGCCGGUGGAAUCAAAGCUGAAGCUGAUUUUGAUAUUCAAGCAUAUUGAAAACAAGGCUAAGCUUUCGGUCGAACAAAUGAAUCGUGUUAUGAAAGGAUCUGACAUUUCCACAAUUACACCAUCAAAAUCCAACACCCAACAACAACCAACAACGAAACCAAUUGAGCAAAAGCCAACAUCAAUUGUCGAUCUCACAUGUUCAGCUAAAGUUAGUUUUGUUUUUAAAAUAUGGGAAAAUCAACCAGUUUUGCUAGACUCUGAGAAAAUUGUCCAACGAUUUUUAAGAUAUUCCUAAAAAUUGUACUUUAAAAAUUAUUUUCGGGAAAAUUUUCCAGCACAGUCUUAUGACAAAACCCAAAACUGGAAAUCAAUCUAAAUUAUUUCACAUGAACAAACUCAAAACCAAACAAACGAACUAACCGAAAAACUGGUCCAACUAUAAGCAUUUGUCUACGCCGACAUCUUUCAGAAGACCUCAUUUUUUUCAGGAACUUUGGAAUAUCUCAAAUCAAUCAUCAUCGAUGAAUAUGACAAACUCUACAGAUUGGGAUGAAACAAGUGGCGAGUAUACACUAACUGAAACGACAAUUGGAAGUAAUGAUAGUUGGUCACUAGGAAAUGAAGUAAGUCGUAAUGCCAAAUCUGUGAAAUUUGAAACCAUUUUUAUUCCGUUUUAUAUGGAUUUUUUUUCAAAUUUCGCUCUGAAAAUAAGUUUACUGAAAACAUUUCGCCGUGUGAUUCCAGGAUCGGAAUGUGGUGAGCACGCCCAGUUCAGUGCAAUAUUUCUAUGUUUAUUUGAAAAAUAUUAUGGGGAGAUGCGAACCCAUUUGAAUUUCACUACACUAAAAACCCAAAUUUUCUGACUAACAAGCUUCCGAUAAAGUUUAAUGUUAUGAUGAUUUCAGUUGACGCGUCGCGAAAACACCCAAAAUGUGAAUCCAGAAAUAAACUUUGAAUCUGAAUCUCGCAGAGCCAAUCGUGGCGUCGCUGGAAGUACGGUUCAUCAAUUGGAAUCACCAACGGAUAAAGUGAGUUUUUCUGGGAAUAUUACGAAACUCAGAGUGUAAUAUACUACCAGAAACAUUUACCCCAAUUUUUUGAGACCUGAUACAAUCUUGUGGGUCUAAAAUCGACGAAAUUCAAUGAAAAAAUGAUUAAUAUUUUAAAUCUAUUUCGAAAGGCUUCAAAAGAUUUUUAGCGAAUUAGGGUUAACUGAUGAUGAAACUGAUGUAAUAUUCUGAGUUCAGGUUAUCGAGAAAAUCCGGAAAUUGGGUGGCGCUGAAACGAAAUUGUUGUGUGAUGCCAUUUUCAAAUCCUGGUCAUAUUACCAAAAUAUGCCCAGACAAUGUGAGCAUUGAACUAACAACGUAAGUUUUCAUAAGUAUAUUUAUUUAUUUGUUCAUUUGUUUAUUUCAUUUUCAGACUUUACAAAAACAAUUGUUCAUUUUUUGCGCAAUUGGUUCAAGAAGUCGAACAAUUUUAUGGGAUGCAAGCCAGAAGUUUAAGAAGUCGAAUCACGAGAAACAAAUGA